AUGGAGCUAGACAAGGGGGACGUGACCGCGCUCAGCCUCCCCUCCAGCGCCGCGCACGGCGACGCCGAUGGCACCGUCUGCCUGGACGUCCCCGACGGCACCCCCGACCCGCACAGGACCAAAGCCGCCAUCGAGCACCUGCACCAGAAGAUCCUGAAGAUCACCGAGCAGAUCAAGAUCGAGCAGGAGGCUCGGGAUGACAACGUGGCCGAGUACCUGAAGCUGGCCAACAACGCAGACAAGCAGCAAGCCUCCCGUAUCAAGCAGGUUUUCGAGAAGAAGAACCAGAAGUCGGCGCAGACCAUCGCGCAGCUGCACAAGAAGCUGGAGCACUACCACAAGAAGCUGAAGGAGAUCGAGCAGAACGGCCCUUCCCGGCAGCCCAAGGAUGUUUUCCGGGACAUGCACCAGGGUCUUAAGGACGUGGGUGCCAACGUUCGCUCCAGCAUCAGCGGUUUUGGCGGCGGCGUGGUGGAGGGCGUCAAGGGAGGGCUCUCGGGUCUGUCCCAGGCCACCCACACCGCCGUGGUCUCCAAGCCACGGGAGUUCGCCAGCCUCAUCCGGAACAAGUUCGGCAGCGCGGACAACAUCGCCCACCUGAAGGACACGUUGGACGAUGGGCACCCUAGCACCUGGGGGGCAGGACCCGGCGGCUUGGGGAGCCCCAAGUCCAACACGCUGGACAGCCACCACAAUAACUUUGACACCAUCCUGGAGGAGCUCCGGGAGAUCAAGGACAGCCAGUCGCACCUGGAGGACUCCAUGGAGGACCUCAAGGCCCAGCUGCAGCGGGAUUACACCUACAUGACGCAGUGCUUGCAAGAGGAACGGUACAGGUACGAGCGCCUGGAGGAGCAGCUGAACGACCUGACCGAGCUGCACCAGAAUGAAAUGACCAACCUGAAGCAGGAGCUGGCCAGCAUGGAGGAGAAGGUGGCCUACCAGUCCUACGAGAGGGCACGGGACAUCCAGGAGGCGGUGGAGUCCUGCCUGACGCGGGUGACCAAGCUGGAGCUGCAGCAGCAGCAGCAGCAAGUGGUGCAGCUGGAG